AUGGCUCCAGGCGGACACCGUCGAACGACUUUAAGUCAAGGUCUAGACCGAGAGGUCUACCAAGUUGUGCGCAAAAUCCUUGACGAGCGCAGCCAGUACGGUGAUUCCGACACUCGCCUAUCCUUCUCGACCAUCUACGACGAUAUAAAGCGGUCGAACUCGAGUCUCAACCGGAAGCCAAAAAAGCUGCUAGAAGACAGCAUUGAAAGAGUUCUUGAGACUAUACAACAAGAUGCAAAGGACGACUCAGACGAGUUCAUGCCAGUUGAGACGCCUGCCGAAGCACAGCGCCUCAAAGUCUCCAGUGGACUUAACCGGUCAAUCGUAGGCGCAUGGUCAAAGUCCACCGAAGGACUUAUGUCGCCCAAGCGUGCGACUGACUCCGAAGGUGCUGCUCCCAUGGAGACAACAUCUUCCAAGCGUUUGACAAACGGUGAGCCGCCCGCCAAACGUCGCAAAGCUCGCGACGGCCCACGAGAGACCAUCGAUCAUUCUGCGCCCACAUAUAUAAACCUGGCCAGCUUGGGAGGCGUGGACAAUGUGAUACAGCAGUUCGAAGAUCUCCUGGUACUUCCAAUGACCCGUCCCGAGAUAUACACCUCCAGCAAGGUGCAACCACCGCGAGGUGUCCUCAUCCAUGGUCCUCCUGGCUGCGGUAAAACCAUGAUCGCCAAUGCCUUCGCCGCCGAACUGGGAGUGAACUUUAUCUCGAUAUCCGCGCCCUCAAUCGUCUCCGGCAUGUCGGGUGAAUCCGAAAAGGCACUGCGCGAGCACUUCGAGGAAGCAAAGCGCUGCGCGCCGUGCUUGGUCUUCAUUGAUGAAAUAGACGCCAUCACCCCGAAGCGCGAGUCCGCCCAGCGGGAGAUGGAAAAGCGCAUCGUCGCCCAACUCCUAACCUGCAUGGACGACCUCGCUCUCGAGAAGACGGACGGGAAGCCCGUCAUUGUUCUCGCCGCCACGAACCGCCCAGACGCUCUCGACCCUGCUCUUCGGCGCGGUGGCCGUUUCGACAAGGAGAUCAACAUGACCGUCCCCAGCGAGCCUGUCCGCGAACAGAUUCUCCGCGCCUUGACUCGCGAAACCAAUCUCUCCUCCGACGUGGAUUUUUCUAUCCUGGCGAAACGCACGCCUGGCUUUGUCGGCGCCGACCUAAACGACCUCGUCUCCACGGCCGGCGCGGCAGCCAUCAAAAGGCAACUGACCAUGAUAAAAGCCCACGCCGAGUCCUCAUCCAUGGCCGUCGACAUGCCCACCGACCACCCGGACUCGAACAUUUCUCCUGUCCUAGCGUCGCUGAGGCGUCUCAUCAAAUAUACGUCUGCCACGGCAAGUCGUCACCCUCUGUCAGCAGCACCAGCGUCAACGGAAGCAACCACCACUACUACCACCACCACCACCACCACCACCACCGGCAACACGAAUUCCAAUGGCGACGACGCCGGCGCCGACGAGUCCGUCGUCCACGUGACGAUGGCCGACUUCCUCGCCGCGCUCCCCAAGAUCCAACCGUCUGCGUUGCGCGAAGGCUUCGCCACGGUGCCGAGCACGACCUUUGCGUCCAUCGGCGCUCUGUCGCGGCACAUCUCGGAGCUCGACAUGACGGUGAUAUCGCCGAUUCUCACGCCGGCCAAGUACGCCAACCUGGGCAUCACGCCGUCGUCGGGCACGCUCCUCUGGGGCCCGCCGGGCUGCGGCAAGACGCUGCUCGCCAAGGCGUGCGCCAACAGCUCCCACGCCAACUUCAUCUCCGUCAAGGGGCCGGAGCUCCUGAACAAGUACGUCGGCGAGUCGGAGCGCGCGGUGCGCCAGGUCUUCGCCCGCGCCCGCUCCAGCGUGCCCGUCAUCAUCUUCUUCGACGAGCUCGACGCCCUGGCGCCCCGCCGCGACGGCACGAGCUCCGAGGCCAGCGCCCGCGUCACCAACACCCUCCUGGCCGAGCUCGACGGCGUCGGCUCCGAGAGGGACGGCAUCUACGUCAUCGCCGCCACGAACCGACCCGACAUGAUCGACCCGGCCAUGCUGCGGCCGGGGAGGCUCGAGACUCUCCUCUUCGUGGGUUUGCCCGACGCGGAGGGUCGCGUGGACAUCCUGCGGACCCUGUGUCGCAAGAUCCCCAACUUCGUGUUUGGUGAAGACGUCGCCGCCAUAGCGCGCCUGUGCCAAGGCUUCAGCGGUGCUGAUCUCAAGGCCUUGUUGCAACGUGCUGGCCUCAUGGCCAUCAGCCGCUGCACCGCCCUAGGGCUGCCUCCAGAGGACAUUACUUUGACUACCGCUGACUUUGAGAGAGCCAUGGCCGAAGUUAGGCCCAGUGUAGGAGUCGAUGACUACGAACGUUACACCAUCUUGCAAAAGGAUUUUGGCGUUUCGACGUGA